GCGGAGGGACGAUGCGCGAGUACAAAGUGGUGGUGCUGGGCUCGGGCGGCGUGGGCAAGUCCGCCCUGACCGUGCAGUUCGUCACCGGCACCUUCAUCGAGAAGUACGACCCCACCAUCGAGGACUUCUACCGCAAGGAGAUCGAGGUGGACUCGUCGCCGUCGGUGCUGGAGAUCCUGGACACGGCGGGCACCGAGCAGUUCGCCUCCAUGCGGGACCUGUACAUCAAGAACGGCCAGGGCUUCAUCCUGGUCUACAGCCUGGUCAACCAGCAGAGCUUCCAGGACAUCAAGCCCAUGCGGGACCAGAUCAUCCGCGUGAAGCGGUAUGAGAAAGUGCCGGUCAUCUUGGUGGGAAACAAAGUGGACCUGGAAAGUGAGAGAGAGGUAUCAUCCAAUGAAGGCAGAGCCCUUGCUGAGGAGUGGGGCUGCCCCUUCAUGGAGACGUCAGCGAAGAGUAAAACGAUGGUGGACGAACUGUUCGCAGAAAUUGUUCGGCAGAUGAACUACGCUGCGCAGCCCGACAAGGAUGACCCAUGCUGUUCUGCAUGUAACAUACAAUAGCAUUCGAAUAUGGCUGUCCUGGACAGGAUCGGCCGCUACCCGAGGCGAGACACACCUCGGCUCCUUCCCUGCGGAGUCGGCAGGGUGCGUGGUGGGAGUCUGCAGUGAAGUGCCACCCUUUAUUCAGAACUGAGCAGGGAUGGUUAAUUGAUAUCUCUGAGUAACAUUUGGGUUCAGUCAGCACAGUUGUCGCCGGUGUCCUCAGCCUCCUUCCUGCACCUGUAGCUUUGAGGCAUAGCCAGGUGACCUGCAGGGUGAUCUCAUUGGAAAAGCUAUGAUGGCAUUGCCGCUGAGCUGACAGGAGCAACUAUUGCAUAAAUUAAAAAUAACCUUGAGGGAGAAACCAGAAGAAUUCCAAGGCCCUUGGCAAUUAAAAUAUUUUGUCUUCUUAAAAAAAAAAAAAAUAGUAAAGGAGAAAUAUUUUCCUACGUGAGUACUGAAUUCCAGGAAUUGGGAGUCUUCUAACCCAUGUAUUCCAUCAAGUGAAGUACGACAGCUGACCUGCCCACAGCGUUACAGGGAGAGACUCUGCUCAGCUGACACAUUUUUGUUUUUCAAAAGUGAUGCUGAAUUGUAGAUGUUACCCUCAUUUGCGAUAUCGGACUAACUCCUGCACCGAUCCUUGAUAGAGAAAAAAAAUCAGAACGGGUCGUGUGAACAUACAGCCUGGCUUUUGAAUGUUAGGUCAUCUGUAUUACCACAGGAGAGGGAGGCUCUCAAAGGGUUUGGUCAGAAUUAAAACCCCCACCAACCCUCUGCUGAGCAAGCAGGGAAGGGAAGGUCUGUGACAUUGCUGAACACGAAGGAAGCAACUGUGAUGCCAAGAAAUUGCCUAGCCUUACUCAGAAGCAGCAUCCUGGUAGGUAAACCAGCACCGUCAUGUAAGGAAAGUGAAGCCAUGCUGCGUCCGCACGUUCCCGUUCGCAGACACGUCACAGGACAGUGCAGAUAGCUUGCAUUUUUAUGUUUGUUAAAGCAGCAAAUUUCUUCUCGCCUUUAAGGGCUAUGGUUGUGGUAUGAUCCUUGGCUAACCUGCUAUCAAAAUCAAGUUUUCUAUAGCAGAGCUUUAAUGCUAGCAUUUUGAAAGUCGAAUAACCAUGUGAAAUAAUUUGGAUUUAAAAGCAGAACAUAAAUUACAGAGUAGAAGGUAAGGGACAAAAGGCCCUUUUAUCUUUAAUUUUCCUGGACGAUUCAUAAAGGUUUUCUUCCGACUAUUUUCCCCUGAUUACUGAAGUGGCAAAUAAAGGUAGCGUGAAUAUUGUUUUGAAAAGGUGCUCCAGCUCUGACGUUUUUGAUUUUCAUAGCCCUGAUGUAUCUACCAUUUGCAUGACUGAUGGCACAGUAAAUACCUAUUCAUAAGUUUUACAAUCAAGUGUAGAAGGGUUUUCUACUAAUUUCAGAGUUAAAAAUGCUGAAGAGAUUACCUUGAGCUGGACCUCUGGAGGUAAAUUUGGCUUUCAGAACUGCGACCUCACUAAUCCUGUGAUCUCCAGACCGCCCCACAUUUUAUUGGUUUCACAGUCUCGUGCAAGUAACCUCUGGUCUCUGCGUGUACCUGGGAGAAGAGUGCGUGUUUGUGCGUGCAUGUGUGUGUAUUGUUCUAAGGAUUUGGCACAAGUCAGAGAGAAUGGCUUCCACUGCAGAAUGUAGUGCAUCAAAACCUUUUUUUUUUUUCCUUUUAAUUUAUUUAAGUAUUUUUCAUACAUUAUUGCAGUCAUUUGUAGCCACCUGUUUAGUAGCUGGCAUCAAACUUAGAGAAUAGAAAAAAGUUUGAUAGCUUAUACUUCUCAAGGGUGCGUGAACUGAAGAGAUAAGUAGGUAAAACCAGGCUGUGGUGGUCACAAGUCUUCGAAUUGUGAGUAUUUACAUUCUUCAAUAUAGCUUUGUAAUUCUAAUUGGGAAACACCUCAUGUGUAGAUCAAAAUGUUUAUUCAGUUUUAUUGAAACAAAUUAAAACACUAUGUAAAAGUUGAUUUGACUCAAACGUAGAAAAAUCAAAGAUUCAAGAAGUAUGAUUUAGCUACUGAAGAAGAAAUAUUUGUUAGUGAAUUGGUUGAGUUUUGAAGCCUCUAACUUUUCUGAGUAAUUCUGAUUUUUAGAAUUCCAUACUUAAUAGCAAUUUAUGACAACUAAGAUUACACAUAAGAAUCAUCUAUAAAGAUUCUACAGCUUCAUGUUUUGGGUUGCUAUUAAAAAAAAACACUAAACCAGUUGCCAUCGAGUCCGUUCCAACUCACAGCAACCCUGUAGGACAGAGUAGAGCUAUUCCGUAGGGCUUCCAUGGAGUGGCCGGUGGAUUCGAACUGCUUACCUUUUGGUCAACAGCCGAGCUCUUAGCCACUACACCACCAGGGCUCCUGGGUUACUAUAUGGACAUUAAAAUGAGUUCAACAAUAGAAAAAUAUGGCAAAAUGUAAGGUAGAAAAGAUUAUCUAAAAUUUUAGUUUUUAGUUAAAAAUGUAAGGUGGACUUUUACUGCAGAAGUGUUCAUAAGAACUGAUUUGGCUACCUGAGCAGCGUCCACACAGCCCUGCAUGUUUAGUGACAGCAUCACAGAGCAUUCAAGAAGGGCCAGUCCUCUUGUGUUUUACAGCUCAGCUUGGAUGAAUGAGUUGUGUUUGUCAAGAUGUUAAUAAAAAGCUUAAGAACAGGAAAAUUAAAUUUGUUGGCACAUGAAAUACUAAUAGUGGCUACAGAAGAAAGUCAGUGACCUUGGGUCACUAUUUAUUUUAUGCCCUGAUCAGACUAGCAACUAUGUAAGUGAAAGUUUUUCUAACAUGCCUUAAAAAUAUUAUGGUUUGAUCCAAAGACCCGCUUUUUCUUCAGCUGUCGUAAUAAGGUUCCGUUUUGUUCUUGUUUUCAUUUUACUUUUAUGCAGAGGCAGCAUUUUUUUUUUUUUUUUUAAGUUUUCUCCUUUUAAUGGUGCAACUCUUUAGUUCUUUUAAGCUGUGAUAGUGAUGGUAACUGAUGCUUUUCCGUUCUGUUCAACUUAGUAAAACAAGCCAGCAUCUGAUCAAAAGUAUUACGUAAAAUAUUUCUUAAACUAUUGAAAGGUGCUUUGAUGACUUCCUCCUUUCGUGUGUAGAAUUAGAAAUGAACUUUUGACCCCAUUGGCUACAGUUGCCAUCACUUUUCUGUGGUAAAACUACUGAUAUUUGGUUUCCUGCAUAAAGAAAUGUUGCCUAAGGAUGUCUGUCUGUUUUCAAGGGUUUUUUCUAGUGUGAAUGUCGCCUGUGUAUGUGUAAAUACAGAAGUGUUUUGUUUGUUGUCUUUUCAUUUCCUCUUGAGUUUUUUGUUAUCAGUAGUUCUGUGUUAGCAGUGGGUAAGCUUUAAUUGUCCGUCUCCUUAGCCAAUCAAAUGUUAAACAGUAUGGGGGUCUUAUUUUUGUUUUUAAGUGUCAUCGUGCAUCUGUUAAAUCUUGAUCAGGGUUUCAAGAAUGACUGCAGUGGGUUUUGGAAACAGACUUAUCAUUAUUGAUUUGGGGUUUCCCAGAGAUGAAUAUAGUUCACAGUUAAUUGUUGAGCUCUAAUACAACUGACCAUUUAAAAUUAAACAACAGUUUAUUGUUUUGUAACAAUGUCAGUUGUUAAACCUUGACAUGUCAGUUAAAACAUGAAUUGUAGUUAGAACUCGAUGCAAAUUCAACAGUUGUAUUUGGAGUUAAAUUAUUUUAACAAAUAAAUUUAUUUAAUGAAACUUCCUCUGGAUUUUUUCUUUGUACACGUUUGUGAGUGAAAUGUUUUUAUUAAUAUAUACAAAAAGAGCCAAAAAUUGCCAUAGGACGAAUUUAGUAUUUCUCAUAUAGAAAUCUGUAAGCUGAAUUAAGU